UCAGCAUUUACUCGAAGUGAUUUCCUUCGCGGAGAAUGCGAAAAUAUUUCUCUGCUGCAACAAGAUUGAUCUUAGUAAAAACGACGUCCAAGUUACCGACGAGGAAAUGGAAGUUUUUUGCGAGCAGUUCCAUAACGUGGUAUCAGCCGUUUAUAAAACAUCAUGUCGAACUGGAGAAGGAGUUGAAGAGAUGUUCGACGAUAUUGCAAAGUUGUUGCUGGAAGUGAACCGCUCAAGAAUGGAGCUGGAAGCGUUGGAGCAAGAAUCCUUCCGGUUGCUGGAAUGUGAUGAACCCCCUGUUCAAGACCAGUGCAGUUGCUAGCAAACUGCGCGUGCUUUUUUUUCACGUCUGAACUGUCAACAAAUCAUUCAACAUGUGCGAAGGUUUUAACCUUAUACAGGAAAGGUUAACGAUCAGCGGAGCUGUUUUUUAUUGAAGUAAGCCUAGGACUAGAAUCAACUUCUUGCGUAGACUAAAAGAAAAAGAAUGUGCUCAGUCAAUCAUUCUACGCAAAUUUGAAGCACGCUGACCUUCAAUAUGAAUCGGCUGUGAUCAUCUGAGGAAGUGUUUCUCUGAAUGUGCUCAUUCAGUAGCGUAGAGUCUGUUUGAAACAGAGCUGGUUCCGUGGAAUAGGUGAGCAAUUUUUAUAAAUUGCGAUCUCGAUUUCAUUUAUGUAGCGCUCAUUUGGGAGCCUGAUUUUUAAGUGUUUUUUUUUUCCUUGUGAUGCGAGGAAAUGUUUAUUUCGGUGCCAACGCGGCCAGUGAAUAGCUUCUUGAGUCGUAAACCAUUAGGCGGAAGUUGUUCCCAUUACUUUCCACUGGUAUAUUUUUGUGAUGAUUUAUAUCCUUUCGUGUUCCGUGAUGCCCCUGAUGACAUCGACUUCGUGAUACUGUGCAGAUUCGUUCGUUCAUUCAUUUUUUAUUUCGAAUACGACAUUAAAAUUGGUUUUAUGUGGAACGUAAGGACAUCUGAGCUUGGUUGACAUGAGUUAUGAGUAAUUGUUUUUUAAUAUUUCUGUCGUGAGAAUCAUGAAGACACUAGUUGUCUUCCAUAAUUGGAGCUGUUUUAAUGACAAUUGAGUCAUGAGUGACCCAGGACCCUGCGACUGGUUUAUGUGAAUUGCAGUACUACAAGGUGUUCGAAAAAUUACUUCGCGUCGGAGAAUCCCUUUGAUGAAAUUACUUUCUUCAUAAUCUGAAAGUAUAUAUUGUUAUACUGUAGGUAGAUGUUGGCAGAAGUAGUAGUUAAUCCGCCCUGAGAGCCGUGGGUCUGGAUUCCUUAUUCGUAGAAGCUGCAAUGAGCAAUUAUAAACACCAAAGAAAAAGAUUAUUUUACCACCUACGAGAAUGUAUUUUUCAGUUAUUAGCGUACUGUUCGGGUUUUUUGUUUGUUUUGGAAACGAGCGAUUUCCAGCUUUAUCGAUCUGAGGAACUGCAUUGCUUGAAAUGAAACCCACUUUGAUCGGAAGGUUACUUGAACUUGUAUUACUGUGCAAUGACUUUUCGGACGAAUUGAUAACUUGAACAAUAAUUAUUUUUUGAGCCGAGGCAAUUAGUAAAACCUGAAUCCUCAUUGUGUGAAUAGGUAUUCAGCAUUUUUCGGUAUCAGGCAAGUGAAAUCUAGGGAACGGAGUUUUGAUUUCUGGACGUUCAAAAUGUUUUCCUUUAUUUUCUUUCUUUCGGAAACCAACGGAACUGUGCUUGACUUGAGUUCAAUAAAAAUUUUUAAUGACCUAGGUGGUUAACGAA